AUGAGGAGGAGAGAGAAGCUCAAGAUUAAGAAGGCGAUUGAGAAAGGGAACAUGGAUGGUGCUCGGAUCUACGCGGAGAACGCUAUUCAUCUCCGUCUCGCUUCUCGUCUCGACGCUGUUGUUGCUCGGUUAAAUGCUCAGGCUAAGAUGGCCACCAUCACCAAAUCUAUGACUAACAUAGUUAAAUCCCUUGAAUCUUCCCCACAGGGAUUAGGUGAGAUUGCAGAUGCAAUGUUCCAACAGGUUUCAGGGUUCUCAUCGAGAUAUAUUGAGGCAAUGCAAUAUGCUUCUCCACAAGCUUUGUGGAACGCAUUGGUUGGAACAAAAAGCCCUUCUUUUACACAAAACCAAGGUGAAGGGAGAGUUCAACAGUUCAUGGAUUACAUUGCGGAUCUAGGCAGCAAAAAGAUAGGUAAUCUACAAAAGAUGUCAGAGACGAUGGAUUCAUUUGAACAGCAGUUUGUUAACAUGGAGGUACAAGCUGAGUUCAUGGAGAACACCAUGGCUGAGGAGAAAGUUGAUGAGGAUGACUUGUCCAGGAGGCUUGCAGAGCUCAAGGCCAGAGAAUGA